CGGCUCUCCGGCGGCGCCGAUGGGGCUGCGGGCCUGGCUGCGAUCGCUCGGCUGCUGCGGCUGCUGCGGAGGGGAAGCGGCGGCGCCCGAGAAAGAGCCCCUGCUCAGUAACAACAACCCCUAUGCGUCAUUCGGGGCCACGCUGGCGCGGGAUGAGGAGCAGAACCUUUGGAGCACUCCCCACGACGUGACCCACACCGAGGCCGACGACGACCGCGUGCUCUACAACAUGAUCGUGGUCAGGAACCAGCUGGACAAGGACUCGGAGGAGUGGCAGAAGCUCAACUAUGACAUUUACACUUUACGGCAGACCCGGAAAGAAGUGAGGAGCAGGUGGAAACACAUUUUGGAGGAUUUAGGUUUCCAGAAGGAAGCAGAUUCCCUCUUGUCAGUGACCAAACUCAGCAUCAUCAGUGACUCUCAGAACAUGAGCAAAGCCCGGGACAUCUUGUUAAAGCUCUCAGAGGAGACCAACAUCUUCCCCACCAGCUGGGAGCUUUCUGAGCGCUACCUCUUCGUGGUGGACCGACUGAUCGCCCUGGAUGCUGCGGACGAGUUCUUCAAGCUGGCCAGCGCCGUGUACCCCAAGCGGCCGGGCGGGGACAGGCUGGACGAGGGCUCGUCCCCCAGGAGCGUCCCCGCGGUGCCCUGAGGGAUGUGCCCUGCUGGUGUGACACGGCCAGCGCUCCUGGACAGGCUGCUGUGCCCGGGGCCAGCAGGACAGUGCCCUCCUGGUGGCCCUGUGGAGAAGCGAGCGGGGCGGGAGGCAGCGAGGUGUGCCCAGCACAGGGCAAAGGAUGCUGGCACCAGGCGGCUCCUGGGCACAAGAGAGUGACAACUGGGACAUCUCUGGCCAGUAGGGUAUGAAAUAGGCACAGGGAGGAUCUGCCAUGCAAGGCAUUGCUGCUCUAGUUCCAAGGGCUGUGAGGAAAUGCACUUUUCCACCUGGCUGCUGCCUGCCACUGUCCCAUCCCUCAUGCUGCCAGAUGGGAAAAACAGCUCUGUGUCUACAGCUCUGUGCCAGUGCACUGGUCCUCAUCCUCACCCCAGCCCUCCAGGCAGGUCCCAGGGGAUUGGGGAAAGAGGCAGGAGCUGUGCCAGGACAGGAUUUCAUUGCAGGCAGCAAAGCCUUGGAGCAGUGUCACAGCUGGGUGCUCCAUCCCCAGCCAGUAGUGGUUGAGGGAUGUUUUGACAUCUUAAAAGAAGGUAGAGUUUAGAAAGGUGCCAAGUUCAGAGCUGCUGAGAAUUUGGCUCCUGGAACAUCGGUUGCCCAGCAUCUCAACCUAUUUUGAAAAGUUUUGGUCUUAAUUGCCUACAAAAACCCCACCACAAAGCUGCAUGUACUGGCAAUCUAAAAAUCCUCAUUACCAGCGGGGAUGGUAUAAUGAACAUCCUUUUAAUCUUGGGGUUUUGUCUGAUAAUGAGCAAUAAUUUUUAAAGCCCUGGAUUUGAUAAUUUAAAAACAAGUGGAAGUUCUUCACUGAUGAACACACAUGCUGCUAAUUGGCCAGUUGAAAAUGCUGGUUACACAGGGCCUCCCAAAGUAGCAAACCAGAGCUUUUAUUUGUUUAUACUACAGCAUUUGAAAAAAAUAUUUACGAGCUGUAUUUGUUUGUCAGUCUUCCUGGGAAACAUUUUUGUCAACUCAGAACAGCAGUGAAAGCUGAGUUUAAUAAAGAAAACAUUACAAAACCA